AAAUUCACAACAUGAUCCAAACCUCAGUUUGAGAAGUAUAUAGUCUUCAGUUAUCUUUUGACGCAGUCAUAAGUCAAGAUAAGAUAAGCCUAGAUCUGCAAGGAACAGCUACAAAAUGGCUUGGAUAUUAAUUCUCGUAACCUUUCUAAUUGUCUACUGCGCUGACAAAACCCGAUGCGAUGAUCCCGAGGUUUACUUGAACGCUACUGGCCUUAUUGCCUACAACGGCUUCCCAUCAGAAAACCACUAUGUGGACACACAAGAUGAAUUUAUUCUCAAUAUGCAGCGGAUUCCCCAUGGUCGCUUCAGGAAAAAAGCAAGAGAAGGCGUGGUGGUGAUCCAGCACGGAUUGACCGGGGCUUCGGACUGUUUCCUGAUUAACAUGGUCAACAACAGCCUCGGGUUCAUUCUGGCAGACGCAGGUUACGACGUAUGGCUCCCUAACAGCAGAGGAAAUGUCUACUCCAUGACGCACAAAAAGUACAACCCAUCUCAGGAGGAAUUCUGGGGUUGGAGCUGGCAAGAGAUGGCCGAGUACGAUCUUCCCGCUGUAAUACACUACGUUCUGAACGUUACUAAGGCCGACACUAUAUACUACAUAGGUCACUCACAGGGGACUCUGAUGGCUAACGCACAAUUCAGUGUGGACAAAGACUUAGCCUCCAAGAUCAAACUGUUCAUAUCUUUGGCCCCGAUAGCCAAGGUGACGCACAUUGAAGGGUUUCUGGGUUUUCUUAAGCCCCUGCUCACGCAAAAGGGUGCCGAGUUGGUGCUUGGUAAGAAAUCGUUCGAUCAGAAUUCUACCCUGACUAAGUGGUACGCCGAUGUGUUCUGUACCCUUCUACCUACGGAGUACAUCUGUAACGGGCUGUCCUCCGUCAUAAUGGGCUGGGACACACGGAAUCUUAACAUGACAAGAGUGCCAGUUUACACAUCUCAUUCAAAUGAAGGAUCUUCAGCCAAAGACAUCAUCCAUUUCUUCCAAGAAAUGGAGGCUGACAAGUUUCAGAAAUAUGACUACGGAGCAGAGGGGAAUCUCAAACAUUACAAUCAGACUACACCCCCUCAGUAUGACCCCCGGAACAUGAGGGUCCCCGUGGCUAUGUAUUACGGGGGCAAUGACUUCCUGGCUGAUAGGACUGAUGUACAAUACCUCCUGGACAAUUUACCAAACAUUGUACACCAGAAGGAGUUCCCUAACUGGGAUCACGUCGACUUCAUCAUCGGAAAGGAUGCUCAUCAAUUUCUGUAUACUGACAUUGUAAAGUUAUUGUCCAAAUUUUCAUAAAGUAAAAUAAAAAAAAAAA